AUGUCUCUCGACCUCACACUCCCCACUGCUCUCAUCCUGAUCGACAACCAAUCCGGUCUCCUGCAUCCGAGCCGCCCCGCUCGCUCUAACCCCAACUAUGAAACCAAUCUCGAAUCGCUCCUGAGGGCCUUUCGAGCCGCCAUUCAAAGGUCCUCUGAAAGGUCCUCCAAACAAAACCUAGAGGUCAUCCACAUCUUCCACUCUUCCACCUCUCCUGAAUCCCUUCUUCACGCCUAUCACCCGACGAACGGCAUCCGACCCUUGGACUUCGCGCAGCCCUCGACAGACGGCUCGGAGACGGUGAUGUGGAAAUGUGUCAAUUCGAGCUUCAUCGGAACCGAUCUGGAGGCUCAUCUUCGGGCGCACGAUAUUCGUCAGAUUAUCAUGGCCGGUCUCACUGCGGAACAUUGUGUUUCCACCACGACGCGCAUGGCUGCCAACCUGGGCGUCGUGGAUCGGUACCCGCAGGGUCCGAUUCGGAUCAACCCCGACAAUGGCGUGUUGAAUGAUGUCCCUGUUGAUUCGGGGAGGAUCAUCCUCGUGGAAGAUGCUACGGCGUCCUUCGCGAAGGGGGGAAAUCGAUCCGGAGAUUAUCCAUGCGGUUUCGAUAGCUAG